GUUGAGGCAAAAUAGUUUCAGUUUCAUUUUCUGUGAAGUAACAACGUAGCUGAAGAGUAUUCGCACAAUGAGUGGGAAUCAUUAUGAGUGGCAGCUGUUGACUGGGAUUCAGUGGUUGAAAAUUGACAAUGAUCAUGUGAUUGAGACUCACUACUGUCAACCUGGAGCAAAGGGAAUCACCAUCAACACCAGCCUAGGGAAGGUUUUCAUAGACUUUGAUGAGCUUCAGACUGAUAACGCAGCGCUGAGGGUGCAGAGACUGAGCUUCUUGCCUCAGGGCCAGACUGAGGACAUUGGCUGGUACUUUAGAGACGAUAGCCUGUGGUGUGAAUAUGGAUCACAGAGCUCCAGCAUGUCAUCAUCAUCAAUCAGCAGCAAAGACAUCGAGACGCAUUUCACUCAGAACCCUCAGGGAGUCCUUCAAUUCAGCGUUGGCUCGACCAGAUACUCCCUGGAUUUUUCCACCAUGACUCAAACCAACCUUACCACAAGCUUGCACAGAAACGUGCGCAGGCGACCAAAAUUCACCUUAAGUGAUGCGAGCAUUACCUCGAUUUCAUCCAUGCCUCUGACUUCACAAUCCAAUUUAUACAAUCACAGCUUCAAGUGGGAAUUCAUGGGAGAUGAAGGGCAAUGGACAGAAUACCAAACGCAUAUAUGUUCACUUGACAACACCGCCAUUGAGAACCAAUACCAGCAGAACCCACAGGGCCAGGUCCAGUUCAUAAUCAACAAGUUCUCUUAUAUACUGGAUUUUGCAAAAAUGUGUCAAGUUAAUCAAAAUAUUGGGACAAAGAGAAGUGUGAGAAGGAGUCCGGUUUAUGGAGCUCAGAGUAGCAGUUUAGGCACAAAUGUUUGUUGGCAGUUCCAAGAUAUCGAUGGAAGAUGGAAAGAUUAUUCCAAAGGUUAUGGUCAGUGCAGCAUUUCCAGUCUAGACAUUGAACUCCCAUACCAGCAGAACGCAUCAGGCACUAUGAUAUUUACCACCUCCAGGUUUAGCUAUGAGCUCAACCUCUCAGCCAUGACUCAGCGGAACCUGGCCACAAACACCACCAGGUCAGUGAGACGACUUCUCCAGUGAUCGGGACGGCAUGUUGGAAAAAGGAAAAAAACAGCAAAUUUUCUUCACAAACCGCCUUGUUUCCCGCAGUGUUUACAGGACUGUUAUCAAAGAAGCCGAGAUGCACUUUAGCCUUAACGUGCAGGUUUACUUUCUGCCAAGUUACUGUAUAUCUCUUAUGCAAAAGUAUGUUUUCUCAGGCUUCCACAGUUUUCAUAUCACAAUCCCAAUAUUGUCUAUUUUUAAACCUAUUUUCUUUUAAAGUAUAAACAAAUGUUCACAUUGAAUUUGUUUCUGGAAGGAGCAAAACAGGGAGAGAGCUUGGUGGCUGAGCUACAGAUGAAGGUCAAGAGAUACAAAUAUUUCUCCAUUCUUAUCCAGAUAUGGAAAAUAAUAAAAACAAUUACACACCUUAGGGUUUUCUCAGUCCGUGAAUAGACCUGUAAACUGGACUUUAUUUGAUAUUAUUUAGACCUGUUUGUCUUGUAAAAGGGCUCAACAUUUUAUCUAAAUUAGCAUGCGAUUAAACAAAACUGAAUUCUUGGGUAAACAUUUAACAUUUUGUUCCUUGAGGAAGUCAAAAUCGACCAGACAUGUACAUGUCAAAACAAAACAGACAUAUGUAUUAUUUUGUGCUUUAAUACACCUAGGAAUGUUAAUGAAAUCUGCCAUAACCAAAUAACUUAGUUUUUAAUGUUUAACUUAUUAAAAUGUCUUAACUUUUGUUUUCUCUGAUCUUAGGCAUCCAGAAGUGUUUAUUUUAACAGUUUUUUUGUUUUGUUAGGGUCACAAAAAAUAAAAAAACAGUCACCAUCAUUUGAGAAUAUUAGAUUGAAUGCUUUACACACACACACACACACACACACACACGCAGUAGUUCACAAACUGUCUAAUUGAAGACCAGGUUUCAGUUAGCUUUUAGGUUCUGCUACAAUAUGUCAAAUAACAAUUCAACAACAUCAAGUUAACCAAAACUGCCUCAAGUGAUGAAAAGUGUUAAUGUGGAAAUGAACAGAACCCAAAGAGAAAAUUUUAUUUUAAAACAUUAAAUAAAUGACAAUCAUCAGCAGAAUCACUGUGACCAAGGUGCAGCUAAAAUACCCAAAAUGUGUAAUUCAGAGUGAAUAUACAUUAAUAUCCAAUCGUUAGUAAAAUCUGACAAAAGUUACUGCAAGUCAGCAGAAAAAGCUACAGACACAAUGAGAAGUGGUUCCGACAAACAAUUUGCACCCUCAAGGACCGAAAAGGAUUAUUGCACUCGACUCAUCUAAGGCCUCUUACCCAGCAUCAUAAAAACAAAAGGAUGCCAAGGCCCUCAUGGAGCUUUCCAACAUAAAAGAACUUAAUUACACUUACAUAUUAAUGCACAUGAUCUGCACAGGCUCAAAAUUGCUGGAAUAGAAACAUAUAGCCUUGGAUUCUGAUCCCCAUACAUAUUGUUUCUAAGCAGAGAUGAUGUGGAUAUAAGAUAUGACUAGUCACUGAAAAAAUUAAAUAUUUAUUUAUUAAGCAAGUCAUAUACAUUGAAAGGAUGUCAAUACCUUUGUGUAGGCAUGAGCCGGUUACCCACAUCAAGGUAUGGCAAGAUUU